UUUCCAGCCACUGCUGGAGUUGACUUCCGCAAUCCUUACCGAAUAAAUCUAGCACCCUUAGUCUUCCGCUCACAGUAGCCACGCUUCCUAUCCGAAAAGAGCCUAGCGAACAGAUUCUCAACAGCAGGAUGUGGGUGUUCAAGUUUCUGCUGCUACCCAUGGUGAGCUUUGCUCUGUCUCCGGAGGAAAUGCUGGACACCCAGUGGGAGCUAUGGAAGAAGACUCACCAGAAGCAGUAUAACAGCAAGGUGGAUGAAAUCUCUCGGCGUUUAAUUUGGGAGAAAAACCUGAAGCAAAUCUCUGCCCAUAACCUGGAGGCCUCUCUUGGUGUCCAUACAUAUGAACUGGCCAUGAACCACUUGGGAGACAUGACCAGUGAAGAAGUGGUUCAGAAGAUGACGGGACUCAGAAUACCUCCCUCUCGAUCCUACAGUAAUGACACUCUCUAUACCCCAGAGUGGGAAGGCAGGGUCCCAGACUCCAUCGACUAUCGAAAGAAAGGAUACGUUACUCCAGUCAAGAACCAGGGCCAGUGUGGUUCCUGUUGGGCUUUCAGCUCUGCCGGGGCCCUGGAGGGCCAACUCAAGAAGAAAACUGGUAAACUCUUAGCUCUGAGUCCCCAGAAUCUUGUGGACUGUGUGACUGAGAAUUAUGGCUGUGGAGGCGGCUAUAUGACCACUGCCUUCCAAUACGUGCAGCAGAACGGAGGCAUUGACUCUGAAGAUGCUUACCCAUAUGUGGGCCAGGAUGAAAGUUGUAUGUAUAACGCCACGGCAAAGGCAGCUAAAUGCAGAGGGUACAGAGAGAUUCCUGUGGGGAACGAGAAAGCCCUGAAGAGAGCAGUGGCGCGGGUAGGACCCAUCUCUGUGUCCAUCGAUGCAAGCUUGGCAUCUUUCCAGUUUUACAGCAGAGGUGUGUACUAUGAUGAAAAUUGUGACCGUGAUAAUGUGAACCAUGCAGUGUUGGUGGUGGGCUAUGGCACCCAGAAGGGAAGCAAGCACUGGAUAAUUAAAAACAGCUGGGGAGAGAGCUGGGGAAACAAAGGAUAUGCUCUCUUGGCUCGGAAUAAGAACAACGCCUGCGGCAUUACCAACAUGGCCAGCUUCCCCAAGAUGUGAUUCCAGCCAGCCAGCCCAUCUCUUCUCAGAUUCCUUCCUUCAUGGUGCAAGAUAUUGGUGGCUUUGGAAGGGAGUGGGCAUGGCGCUCCUGAGAGGGACGCAGCGAUGCUAACUAAGAUUGUUUCAUUUCUCCUCUCGUUGGUGCUUCCAGUGACAACUCUACUUCCCUUCUCUCUGCCCAGGGCCCUUUUCUUUGUGGACACAACAGGGCAUUUUUCUGAGAGUUGUGGACUCUGUGCUGGUAGACAUUGGAGUCCUCCAGCAGGCUGGAGGACUAAGGUGACCUUCCCGAGCCCCUGUCUUCUGUAUACACCAGUGAACAUUUCAGUCUUCCACUGAGAUGCACAAAUCUAUUCGUGAUUCUUUGACAAAUUUACAUGAUAUUAAAAAAAGUGUUUUUCCUUCUUUGUAUUUGAAAUAAAGUAUCUCAUUUACAAUUUAAUAAAGAACACUGCGUCCAUACUA